AUGUAUCGAACAGCAGAAAGACCGGCUCCUCUCGAUUUCCUUCUACCGUCACCACACCCAAGCUACAACAUCGACAGGAGGAAAGAUAUAGCCCAAUUUCAUUCCCUCCCUCACCUACCUCCAGUCUACCUCGAGGCACCGAUCAGAGAGGGACUUCGAACACCUCCGACCGACGAAAUGGCAACUGCAUACCAAAAUUCCAAUUUCACCCACGGCUACCCUGCCAGCGGCAGGAGUUCUGAAUACCUGUCGGUGGAGAGCACUCCAAGCAGCUAUGGUGGAACAUAUAAUCACAAUCCCCCACAGCAACAAACAAGACAAUACAUGUCAAUGAUACAACCGCCUCCUGCUUCAGCUUCGACAUUGCGGAAGGAGGUCCAGGCUCCUUUAGCAGUCAUCUCUCAACCCCCAAGCCCCGAACCCGCCCAGAGAACGAGUUACUUAUCUCACGAUGAGCCAUCUCGCAGAAAAAGUACGACCGAUACGAUUCGACCGAAUAUGCAGAUACCAAAAUCUAUCAGUCCAACUGGUGGUAGUUUGGCCGAGUUCGCAGCUCAGAUUACAUGCUUAUUUUGGUUCGAAUCGACCGACACUCUGCAAAAAGCGGAGAGAGAAUUACCACCCACUGCCACUGUGAAGAAACUGGAGAAAGAGGCUCUUCCGUCUAGUGGGUUUCGUAAAUGGGUUGUUACAAUUCUGUCGACGACCCAGGUCACCGAAAAUGUCAUCAUACUCGCACUUCUAUUCAUAUACCGACUGAAGACCAGCAAUCCAGCAGUCAAGGGCCGAAGCGGUAGCGAGUAUAGGCUCUUGACAGUAGCCUUGAUGUUGGGGAACAAAUUCCUUGAUGAUAAUACCUACACGAAUAAGACUUGGGCAGAGGUUUCGGGUAUCGCGGUUGGCGAAAUCCAUGUCAUGGAAGUCGAGUUCUUAAGCAACAUGCGAUACAGUCUCUUGGCGUCGAAAGAGCAGUGGGCAGACUGGCACGAGAAGCUGAGGAAUAUUCGGAACUACUGCAACAGAGCAGCGGAGGCUCCUACCCAAGUUUCUCCACAGACCUACAUGACUCUGCACCCCAAUCUACCCUCUCCACCUUCAACACAAACAUCCCCUCCUACGCACCCACACCUACCACCGUCUUCGUCCUUCAUGAAUGGUCAUCAAUGGCCUGUCAACAAUUCUCUUCCUCCUAUUUCUUCGCCACUCACAAAUCUGCCGGAAUCGGAGUACAGAGGAUACACUCGGAAGCGAAGCUACGAUGGAGAAGCUGACGAGCCUGUGGCAAAACGGGUCACGAGACCUCAAACAGGACCGCUUCAGCAUGGCUCAACCAUUCCUUCAUUGAGGCAAGAUGCUCGUCGGCUACCAGUUCCUGACUUGACAAUCUCAACCAGCCAGCCUAUGAGCAAUGGAUACAGUGCUUCAACGACCAUGUCGCAGAACGCUCCUGUCCUGCCUCCUCUAAGUGGACGGGCCAUGUCAACAGUCUAUGCUCCGUCUACACCGUCGUCUUGGACACCGAUUCCUAUACUCACUCCAAGCGGUCACACUACCAGUGGAUACUCAACUCCCUCUCGUCACCACAGCCCACAUUCCGUACAAGAGCUUCUAUCGUAUGGAUCCUCCCCAAUUUCUGCGAAUUUCCCCAGUCACAUUCCUGGACACUCUUCCCCUUCGAUCUUCCUUCAACAACGUUCAUCACCAUACAAACCUAUCCGACAUGUCAACACUCUUCUCUACCCCCCUCCAUCUGCAUCGAUGCACGAUUACUCUAUCAACACAGAUCAGAUGCAUUAUCAACCUUUAGGAAAGAGAAACGACUAUCGAGCAGGCAUUGUUCCCGACUAUUCCCACCCAAACCAUCAAUGGCCGGCCCUGCGUCAACCAAACUUCCACGCUUAA